UCUUUUUAUUCAAAAUUUCAAAUUUCAAACGUCUUUUUUCUUCUCAAAUAACACACUCUAUCUCUCUCUCUUUAUCUCUCUAGUUUUCUUCUUUUCUUUUCACAAAUUAACACUCCAUUUACCUAAAACUUCAAUUUCCACUUAAUGGGUUCUUCAGGAAAAUGGAUUAAAUCACUAAUCACUCUCAAAAAACUUCCCUCGCCAUUACCUGACCAUGAAAAACAGAGUGAAAUUAAGGGGAAGAAGAAAUGGAGGUUGUGGAGAAGCUCAUCAGAGAGUUUUGGAUCAUCUUCAUCAUCAUCGUCAGCUUCAAAGGGUUUGAAAAGGGUUGACGUGGCAUCAUCAGAAUCGUUCGUUGAUUCUUCUCUUGUUCUUGAUGAGGCAUUUGUUGCUGCCAUGGCUGCUGUGGCCAGAGCUCCAGCCAAAAAUUUCAUGGUUGUCAAGAAAGAAUGGGCUGCAAUCCGGAUCCAAACCGCUUUUCGAGGCUUAUUGGCAAGAAGGGCAUUGAGGGCCUUGAGAGCUGUAGUAAGAAUUCAAGCUAUUUUUCGUGGCCGGAAAGUACGAAACCAAGCCGCAGUGACAUUGAGGUGUAUGCAAGCUCUAGUAAGGGUUCAGGCUACAGUCAGAGCUCAAGGUUUGAAAAUGUCUUCAGAAGGAGAAGCUGCAAAGAAACUAUUAGAUGCAAAUUGCAUUUCUGAUCCCACUAAGCAAGCUGAGCAAGGAUGGUGUGAUAGGACUGGAACUGUGGAUGAAGUCAGAGCAAAGCUGCAUAUGAGGCAAGAAGGAGCCAUUAAAAGGGAGAGGGCAAUUGCAUAUGCUCUAACUCAACAGCAUUCAAGAUCAUGCAGCAGUCCAGCUAGAAGAGCAACAAACAAGUCAGAAAGAGUGGAUAAAAACAGCAGAAGCCCUGGAUGGAGCUGGCUAGAAAAAUGGGUGGCAAACAAACCAUGGGAAAGUAGACUAAUGGAAGAAAAUCACACAGAUCACCCUUCAGGAACUCCAUUUUCAAGGAAAAGUGAGGACAAUAUUGGUAGUAUUUACACAUAUCCAUCGAAACACGAUUCGGUUAAAGUCAGAAGAAACAAUGUUUCAACAAAAAUUUCUGCUAAACCUCCAAUGAGUAGUCCUAUAAUGCGGUCAGCUUCUGCCCCGAAUUCCGGAUCCCUCAAUGAUGAAAGCUCGGAUUCGAGUUCAUCUACCGAUGUCUUUCCAGUCCCAUUUUCAGGCAAACCCAGAUUCAUGAACCUUACAGAAGCAACCAAGGCUAAGCAAAAAUCCUGCUUUUCCAGGCAUUCUGCUAAAAACUCACCAAGGCAUAAAAUGGAGGAUCAGUUUCAUACAAUGUCAAUGCCCCUUUCGAGUGGAAAUGCUGAGAGCAGUGCUGAUUCUAGGGAUCUUUACCCCCCAAUACCUUGGGGAAAACAUGAUGAGCUGAGAAAUCGACGGCGUUAAGUAUGCAUACUUAAUCGAUGAGUUCAACUGCUUGUUGUCCUUAACAAUGUAGAUUGGUUCUGAUUUUCAACUGAAAACUAGUUAUUUUACAUAUGUAUAUGUUUACUUGUAGCUUAAGUAACACGGAAACGAAGGUGCUGAAACAGAAAGCGUUGAAACGGGAAACGACUGGUCAACAUUUUUUUAAGAACACAUUAUAGAUAUAGAGUUUUCGAGUUUCAUAAGCGUUUCCGAAAAAUGUAAACCGCAAGUUUGCAUAUCGGUAGGCUAUGGUUCUGUAAAAUGUGUUUCACCAGCUUUGUUUGUAAUUGGUAUUAUUAUUGAGUCCAAGAUUAAAGAGUGAUUUUGUUAUUAUUA